AUGGCCUCCCCCGGAAGCCCGAGCAGCGACGCGCAGCAAGAAGCGAUCAAGUCCCGACUGUUUGCGGUGCUGCGAAGACCCGAGAACGAUCAAUGCGCGGACUGUGGAGCUGCUACUCCGAAAUGGGCGACUGUGACGCACGGUGGCUUCAUCUGCACUCAAUGUGCAGGUGUCCAUCGCUCUCUGGGCGUUCACGUGUCGUUCGUGCUCAGUGUCAUGCUCGACAAGUGGACAGACGAACAGGUCACCACUAUGGACAAAGGUGGCAACGCUAAACUCAACAAACAACUCGAACGUACUCUCGCUCUACAACUCAAACUCAACGGUCAAACCCCCAAGAAACCUGAAGCACAGACGCCACGAGCUGAGCGAGAACUCUUCAUCCGCGCCAAAUACGAAGAGAAAAUGUUCGCUGGAGGCGUGGCCAAUUCCCCUCCAAAAUCUCCGUCCAGACGUAGUCCCACAAAAGCUACAACUCAAGGAAUGGUCGAGUACACUGGCGUUGUGGUGAUUGACCUCAAAGAGGCCAAAGAGCUCGCCGGCAUGAACAUCAGUGGGAAAUCAGACCCGUACGUGACCUUCCGCUUGGGCGAACAAACUAUCAGCAGUAAACGCGUGGACAACAGCGUCAAUCCUCAAUGGAACCAGCAACUUAUGCUCUCCUGGGACGGCACUUCUCCGCUUGAGAUCGAGCUCUACGACUACAACAAAGUCAAUGCAGAUCGGCCCAUGGGAGUCUUCGUUAUUAGUGCUGAGCAGCUCUCGGCUCUCCCUGAAGCUGGAGACUCGGAUGGUCCCUAUGAAGAUUGGUAUCCUGUCAUAAUGCCUCGAGACUGGGCGACAAACUUCAGUGAGCACAUGGUAGCUGGCGCUGAAGGAGUCACUAAGGGAAUCUAUCGUGGUAUUACUGGAGUAUUCAAGGACCCGAUCAAAGGAGCUCGAGAGAAUGGACUUGAGGGCUUCGCUAAAGGCGUCGGCACUGGCGUCGCUGGCGUAGUUUACCGUCCCAUUAAAGGUCUUGGUGCAAUGGUCAAACAUUCGGCGUUAUCUGUCGGAGUGGGCAGGAAACACCGCAGCAACAGCACAAGCAGCGAGAACGAUGGCAGCCGGUCGCCAGACACUCGAGACUACGUGGCUGCGGGGUCGGUACGCAUUGCCUUGUCCCUACAGAAAUUCUCGUAA